UAAUGAGUUAAUAAUCUUCUAAUCAAUAUGCAUAUAAUCAAGAAUUAUAUGAGUAACAUAUAAUGUAAUUGGAUAAUAUAAAAAAUGAAAUAGAAGCAUAGGAUCCAUUUAUUAUUACUUAGCCAAUAGAAUUGCAAAUACUAGAAUCAGAAUAUUUAGAAAAUUAAGGCUUUCUAUAAAAGAUUCAAGUAAAUUAUUAAGAUGAAUUUCUAGAAAAUCCGUUAAUCUUAUCCAUUUUUUAGAAGAGUUAGAAGGGAUGGGAGUUGCUUCUAUAGAGCAGUUCUUUUUAGAAUUUUCGAAUAAAUUAUUCAAUUUAAAGAUUAAUAACUAUUAAAUAAGUUCAGCAAUAUUAUUACUAAUUCAAAGACAGAUUUAAAAGCUGUAGGAUAUGAAUCAAUUGUUAUUGAUGAUUUUUAUGAUGUAUGCUUAUUAACUAUAUGUAGGAAAUUAUGAAAUAAAUUAAAUUAUGUCCUAAUAACAUUACUAUUUAAGGAAUCGUCGAUGCUUUCUGUAAUAAAGUCACAUCUGAUUAUCUUAUUAUGUACAUGAGAAUGUUGACAUCUGGAUAUAUCAAAGCAAAUGCAUUUUUAUUUGAAGGAUAUAUAGAAACUGGAACAGUUGAAUUAUUUUGUUAAUAAGAAGUUGAUCCUAUUGAUAGAGAAGCAGAUCAAGUAAUAAUUAAACUAUUUUUAGAUGUAAAUUAUAGCAUUAUAGAAUUAUUUAUAAAUUCCUAUUAGAAUUUUCUAUUUAGAUGGCAAUGUGGCUACAUAUGAUGCUACUAUUUUCUAAAUCCCAGAAGAUGCAGAUUAAAAUUCUGUUUUCAUUAAUUUAUUAUACAGACCAGGACAUUAUGACAUCCUUUAUUCAAAAUGAGGAAUUUAAG